AUGUUCCUAUCAAAUACAGGGGCGUAUAGUUGUACACUUCCUACAAAAUGGGAUGGAGAGUGGCAUGAUAGCAGCGAGACAACAAAGGACAUCACAUUCACUCGCUCUGAUAACUACGUGGAGGGAUGGAAUCACCAAGUAUUCUCGGACACUCUGACGUCAUGGACGUGUAUAGCCGAUGAUUCUUCCAACAAUCUACUGCUAUUUAAGUCAAAUCAAACAGCUACCCGUCACGGCUUUGUAAUGAACGUGUAUCGCUGUAUAAAAUGGGAGAAGACAACAGAUUACUCAUAUACGUAUCUAAUCCACGCAGAUCUAGAAACAGAAAAUGUCAACAACAAACGUGUACUAGUACGACUCGUUUCUGACACAGUCAACAUCACCAAUGGAUGUAGUCCCUCUCUAGGAUUACCUUCAGCAAUAGAAACUGUUGUUCUGAUCAAGAAAGGUUAUAUUCAGAAUGCUACACAAGAUUGCCCGCCGCCUUUCUUGGGAAUAUUCAACUAUACCUUCAAUGACAGCUCUACAGCAUACUGUGAUGGUUCUAGUGUCUGGGAUGUUUGUUCAGAUCGAACUCAGAUGGUGGUCAAAUACACUCUGUGUCCAACAAAGCAAUUCUAUUCAACCGGUGGUAUUGCAUACUGUGCAUACUUCGCCUCAGUAGGAAGCAAUUAUUACGUCACAGUUGUUAACACAGAUACCACAGUGGACUUUACUUCCACCUUCCGAUUUACCUGCUACGCCGUGACGACUUCCGGUGAUAAGGUGUACGCUAGUGACAACAAGGGGGCCUGUGGACAAAAUCAGACACCACAAGACAAAAUGAGCACAGGGGCCGGAACACUAACUUUUACAGUUGCUGGUAAACUUGAAAGCGUUAAAAUUAAGUAA